GAGAGAGUGCGCGCGCAAGCCCCAAAGCAAGCGAGAUGUCCCUGUGGGGAGCAGUCCCUCUGUACCCCAGAGCGAGGAGGACGCAGGGGUCAGAGGUGGCCGCGGGGCGCGCAGGGGAGGCACCUGUGAGAGGUGCAGGGCUGGUGGCCUGGGCAGUUAGGAAGGAGGCCAGCUGCUGACCCCAGAGCACCCCGGAAAGACCAGCCAUGCCGCACAACUCGGACAGCAGCGACUCUAGCUUCAGUCGCUCUCCUCCCCCUGGCAAGCAGGACUCAUCUGAUGACGUGAGAAAAGUUCAGAGAAGAGAGAAAAAUCGCAUUGCUGCUCAGAAAAGCCGACAGAGACAGACUCAGAAAGCUGACACCCUGCACUUGGAGAGCGAGGACCUAGAGAAACAGAACGCAGCCCUGCGCAAGGAGAUCAAGCAGCUCACGGAGGAGUUGAAGUACUUCACGUCGGUGCUGAGCAGCCAUGAGCCCCUGUGCUCUGUGCUGGCCACCAGCAGCACCCCGUCACCCCCCGAGGUGGUGUACAGUGCCCAUGCCUUCCACCAGCCCCACGUCAGCUCCCCGCGCUUCCAGCCCUGAGCUUCCAGUGAGGAGAGCACAGAGCCCCCACCCCUGCCGCUCCUGUGGCCUCAGGAGCGACGCACAGACUGUGGCCAGACUGCCCUAUUUCUACUGUAAAGCUUGUCCAGGCAGAGACCUGGACAAGGAUUGAACCCAUGGAGUGUAGCAGCCAGCGGGACCUGAGGCCCCUGGCAGUGUGGACCCAACCACGGUGUGCUGGACCAAAGCUGCAAACAGAGACAUCACACACCAAGCCCAAGUGACCAGUGCAGAGGAAGAAGACCAAGACUGGCUUAUUUUUCUAAAUAAAUGUUUUUAAAACAAA